GAGUUGAAAUCAACUUACCACAUACAGAUUAACAAAAAUCAUACACACACAACUAAUUUAAGCAAUAUAAUAUAAUACCACCAGGGCUAGAAGUCGGGGCAUAAAUUUUGAAUUAAGCUGAAUCAUAAUAGCAUAACCUGGAGAAAUGCCUUUGCUUUUGUUUGUUGGCUAUCAUAUUACCACAAAGAGGAAGAUUAAGUGUGUGUUUCUCCUUAAAUUGUGCAGGUACAAACUAGGUUUCUGUCCAAAUGGUCCUAACUGCCAAUACAGGCAUGCAAAGUAGUCCGGUCCUCCACUUUACAGAAGAUUCAGCAGUUAAAUUCUUAUCAUUAUAAUAAAUAUCAACAAAGGAAUUCUGGCUUUAACCAACAAACACAUAAGCCUCAGGCACUGCAAGGCCCCAACACUGUCAACCAAGGAGCUGUUGGAAAACCUUCAACAUCAGAAUCUGCUAACGUGCAGCAGCAGCAUCAAGUUCAGCAACCCCAAAAACAGGUCAGCUAGAACCAGAUGCAAACUGCUCCUGCUGGCCAGCCUAAACAACCAAAUAGAACUGCUACCCCUUUGCCUCCAAGAAUAUCUAGGUGUGUUCUGAGACCUGAGGUCUUUAACUGGGUUUUGUAAAUCAUUCAUUGUAUUUUAUCUAAAUAUAGUUAUCAGAUGUUUGUUAUUCAGCAAUAAUUGCUCAGAGGAGUUCUGUCGUUGUUCAUGUAGGUACUUGUGGUUAUUCUACAUGUUUAAUCUGUUUAUGCUGUAUGUUGGGAUAUUUGAUAAUUUGACAUUAAUUCACACUUCUUUUUGAUGAUAUUCUUACUCUCCAUUCAAUUUUUUGUUUACACUGAAAUCUUAAGAGAAGGUGAAUAGUUGUGCUGUCUCUGCUAAGAUUUGGCUUAGAUAUUGCAGUUAAAAGACUGAAAUAAAUGAAACGCUUUUCUGCUUCUUUCCCCCUUAGCUAUAUAUAGAGAAGAGAAGGUAUUGUAUACUUGAUUUUAUUUUUUUUGCCUUGAAGCUUCAGAUGGUACAAAGAAUUAUUCCUGGAGAAGGAUUUCUUGUACACCUUAUGUGUGUCAGGGAAAUUUGAAAAAGCAUCUUGAAUGAACGUUAAAAUACUAG